AUGGCUUCCAAUCCCGCAAAAAGGAAGCCAUUUGGCGCCUCUGGAUCCCAUGGUGCGACCGGAGCUGCUCGAAAGCGUGCGAAAACCUUUGACGCACGUACUCUAGCUGUGCAGUCCACCGACGCCGCCCUCUCUGCAACAGGCGAGCUCGAUGUCGCUGCAUACGCCGCCGCGCGAGCGUUCGAGAUCCAGGCCUUGGAGGAUGGCAUGCAGCGGUCGAAAAAUGCGCUGACGACGCGCGCGUUUCAGAAAGUGCCACGCUCACUGCGACGUCGGACGGCGAGUCACAAUGUGAAACGAGUCCCGCGAAGGUUGCGGGCGCGGGCAAAGCGAGAGAUGGUCGAGGACAAUACCCCCACGGUCACUGCACGGCGCCGCAAAUCAAGCCAGAUUAUGCGUAUCCGCCUCGAAGCCGCUCGACGCCUACAAAACCUCAAUGCCAAAUCGAAGAACCGACGAUUAGCAGCAAGAACCAAGCGAGACAAUGAGAACAAAGCUACCGCCAAGGAAGAAGGCAGCCAUACGUUCAACAUUGCGCCCCGAGUGCCCAAAAUCAAAAAGGGCAAGCUCUCACGCCCGCCCCCAGCAGACGCGAAGUACCGCAAGCGCCAGCGAUGCAAGAAUUGGCUCCCAACGCACAUGUUCCAUGCGAAGCGAGCUCAUAUGGCUACCACUAAGGAUCCGAUCUGGCGCUUCGCAAUUCCUCUUUCACCUACCGAGAAGAGUUAUCGGCCAACACAUCGAGCUCGUGGUGCCCGUGGUGCUGUGGCGUGGGAUAUGAGCUAUAUGUCUACCGUGCAGCUAGAAGGGACAGAAGCCUGCAUCGAAGCCGUGCUGCGUGGGAUUGGUGUCAAUAGCGACGAGGCAUGGGGUGCGAAGGGCAAGAAGUGGAGGGCUGGAACGCGGUCUUUGCAAGCUUGGGCAUUUGAGAAGCAACAGCCCGCCAGACCCAUUGCGCCUAUUACGCUGAUUUGGUGUGUGCAGCCCAAGGUUGAGGAUGUUGAAAUGGUCGACGCAGACAAAGCUUCUGCUACCUUGAAGAAACCGCGACGAAAACUCUUUAUCCGGGUCCACCCGUCUGCAUUCCUGCAGUUAUGGACAGAUUUGCUUGAGAUUUCCAAGCGACAGAACCCGCCGGUUAUGGUUGAGGACCUACGGUUUGAGAUUGGUAGCAUUGAAAUCACUGGUCCAGGGUCUACUGAGGCCCUUUUGGCUACACUGCAGCCUGUCAUAGGCCCGGAUGGUCUAACAGCACAGAGCCCCGAGGCUACCUGGCUAUCCUUACUCGGCGUAUCUAAUCCAUCAUCACUGCCACGGAAUGCUCUUUUGUCGUUCUCUGUUUCUGAUCCACGUCUCCAAUUUCCACCGCGCAGCCUUAAAGUUCCGGACAACGAAUCGCACAUGAAUGAUUUGGCUGUCUUGCUCUCUACUUGGUCACCCGACCAAACGCAAGGCACAUCUUCUCUUUUCGACCGCCCAAGUCGCCUCGCGGCUAUUCGACAGCUACCAAGCCAAAAGGCGAUAAACCGCCGCCGUGCACUCGCCGGUCCAGGCAAAUACCCUGCUGCACAAUCUACCGACCCGCAAAUCCCUGUCAUGAUAUUUACCAGUCGACCACAGGCCCGGUCAAAACGGAACACUGCGCCAGGAUCCUGGACAGUACUUCUCCCGUGGAAAUGUGUGGUUCCGGUAUGGUAUUCACUCAUGUUCUAUCCACUCUCAAGCGGUGGAAAUCCACGUUUUGGUGGCUUGAAGGAGCAACAACAGCUUGCUUUCGAGGCGGGCGAGGGAUGGUUCCCCGGCGAUUUCCCUGGUACCCGAGCAGGCUGGGAGUGGAGCCAACGCGAGGCCGAGAAAUCUCGACGCCAGUGGGAGCGACGACCCAAAGGGCGCCGAGUCGAGUUUGACAGUCUCGUUUUGGGCGAUGGUCAUCCCAAGGGAGAGAUUGGCUAUGGCUGGACGUGUGACUGGCAGAGACUCGUUAACGGCCCGCCGAAGGAUCCAAUCAGCCAGGAUGCUGCUAAAAAGGACGCCGAUACGACCGAUUCCACGACACCCCCAUCCAACAUCCACAAUAUCCGUUAUCCAUUGAGUGAAACAAAUCUGCUCCUCAACAAGCUCAACAAAACUCCAAUUGAUCCGUAUGCCCUCGCUACAAUCCACCUUACUCUCUCCAGUCGUGGCACUCCCACUCCUUCUGCACGCAUCUAUCGCCUUCCGACAAAUCCAGUCCUGCGGCAAAAGUGGCUCGAUCUUGCUUCCCCAUCCAACAAGAAGAGUAAUGGACGGCAAGUCGUUCACAUAGCAAGAUCUACUCUCUCUAGUGAGGAAGCGCAACGCCAGCUCGCUGAUGCACUGGCUAGCACUGCGAUCCCCGAAGAUCCUGGAUCUGAACAUCUGGAAGUGCCCCCUGAAGAUGAUCUCAUUGGCUUUGUGACGACGGGAAACUUCAAUCUUUCCGAGGGUAAGGGCACAGGAGUUGGUUCAGUUCUACUGUCCAAGGUGUUGCUACCUAAUUUUAAACCAUCCGAGAGGAAGAUGUGCAUUGUUAGGACGGCGGGAGAGAAGUUUGGACGGUUGGGAGUGUGGGAGCUCGUGUGA